AUGCGACUGCGCCGCCUGUUGCAACAGAAACUAUCCAAACCUCAUUCCGCAGCAGAAGAAUCUUCGCCCACUGAAGAAAUAAACGGAAGAGUUCAGGACCGCAGUACUACGCUAUUUGAAGUCCCCAUGUCUAUCGGUGGGUAUAUUCUAGACGGAGGGGUGCGGACCGAGGCCAUUAUGCAGGUACUAAGGUCCGAGAUCGAGGGGAUGGGUGGUUGCAUUGACACCCUCGUGUCCCGUUACGCCAAUCAAGAGCCAAUCGAGGGUUCGCGCAAGGUCCUCAUCAACGCCCUCCAGGCAUUCCACAAGAAAGCGCUGCUGGCUCUGGAUAUAGACAGCAAAUGGUUAACAUAG